CAACGCUCAACACAGACCAUUUGAGACCACUCCCUCGUCCAGCACGACUUGACUCACGAACUUGUCGUGUACGGAGCUGGCAUCAUGGUGAGACACUCGGCUAUCCUACCGCUUAUCAAGAGGAGUAGGUCGUGGGGCCCCAACUUGAAGCGCAUGUACCAUUUCCUUCUGCGUCACACGAGGUAGUCAAUUGAGCAGCCGAAGAAGACUGGCAGUACGGGUCAGCCAUAUAGUGUCAGCCAUGUGCCCCGGCUUUGGCCGCGCAGGGUUCUGUCUCCGCCAAGCUCAGGCUGGCACGAGUUGCGACCUUUCGCUUCCCACCACCUCGACGCCCUCGCUGCAAGCUUCAAUACUCUCGCAAAAUGAAGUUUUCCACCACCUUCGCGACUCUUGCAGCCAUCGUCAGCGGCGCGACCGCCCAGCUCUCCAUCCUGAGUCCCGGUGGAUCGGACCUUUGGUGGGUCGACAACGAGGUUAACGACCUCGAACUCGAGCAUCCUCGCGUCACCUACGCCUUCGUCGCCGAGCAGCCCAACUACCAGUGCUCCGUCGAGAUCUACGCCACCCAGCUCGCAAAGUUCCCGCCUGCGACCGGCUACACCAUCAUUUCGCCAGCAUCCUCAACAGCUCGGACAUCUACGCACCAGCCAGCCGUUCGAGAUCAAGCCUGACAACUCGGCGUACCCCGCGUCGACGGCCACUCCGACGGGCACCGGCAGCGCGACGGCCUCGGUGAGCGGCACGUCCUCGGCGAGCGGCACGUCCUCGUCCGGCUCGAGCGGGCAGUCGAGCGGUGCUGGCGCGUUGGUCCCCAUGAGCGGCCUCGCGAUGCUCGGCGCCGCGCUGGGGCUCGCGAUGGCUUGAUCUCCCUGCCGGCAUCUUGGACUUGGCAUUGGACUCGCGGGUUGCACGUCGUCGGUUUAUGUGCUUAUAGGACUCUCCCACAUUCGAAAGUCGUUCUCGUUGCUUAGGGCUCUCUGCUUGUACCACCCACGAUCGUUAUACCAUACCGCUCCUUUAACUGUCCGAAUAGCUCCUUG